AUGACCGACGGUCAAUGGACUUUUGUAACGAAUUCACGGCAUGGAAACAAUCGUUCUCGUUUGGGCUCGAAACAUAGGGAAAAACCUCGCGGCCAAAGUAAAAACGAACAUAAUAAGCGUGUAAAUACAAGAACAGACAAACAUUCUUCGAACAAACAACAACAGAGUACAUAUUCUUCAAGUCGUCACCCAAAUUAUGGACCAAACCACAACACUUACAGUUUUCCUCCUAAUUUUGAUAUGGCAAAUUCUUUUUCUCCUGAUUCGGAUAUUAGUAGCCCCGACAUUUCAUCAGGAAGCGUUUCUCCAGAUAUAACUUCUUCGGCUCUUGUAUUGCCAUCUUACUAUAUUGAAUUAACGAUAGAGUGCCCUUUCGAAAGCUGCCGAGAUCCAAACAAACCCAAAGUGAUAAUUAACAAUAGUACAUAUCUUGUAGAGCAUUUAAGGGCUAAGCAUAAAGUUCACUUUAAUAAUUUGCAUCAUGUUUAUUUGAUUCUUGAGAAGUACUUGGAAUAUUGGGCGAAACAGCUUACUCAAGGGCCUGCUGUAGAACAACUGAAGACAGAAAUUAGUGGAGAUGAUGACAUACAUAUAAUUGAUCCGGAGAAGCUUCCACAAGAUAAAAAUAUUAGGGAUCAACUUCAGCGUGAAAAAUUGAAUGAAGUUUUACAGAUUCAGGCAGAUGAACGUAACAUCAAUUCAAAGUUACAACGGAAAUGUUUAUUCUGCAAUGUUAUGUGUGAGAAUAG